GACCCUUUUGGGGAAAGGAUGUACUUUGAAUUCUUGUAAACGAUGCUGUUAUUUUGACACAAAUAAUUAUAGCAGUGUACGCAUUACAAUUAAAAUCGAACUUUCUGAUACCUUCAUUUCAAUACCUGUUACUAAAUAUAAGUAAUUCGACACUGAGCAAACUCAAUUAUACAAUUUACUACCGUACUGUGUGGCAAUAACGAGUGUUUCCAUUACAUACAAUUUUGUGUAGGACAAAACAAAGUGGUAAUAUUGACAUUUGAUAUUUCAUGCAUCGUCUGCUUCAAUAUAAGUCUUUGGGGACUAUCACUCAUAGAUAUUUACAGUAAUUGCAGUCCAUCAAUAUCUGAAUCCAAAGAUAUAGUUGUCAGGUGUGAAAUGAUUCUGUCAGAUGGAAUGAAAAAGAUGUACAAUUCACAGUCGUAGAUAUGGCAAAAACUGAAGCCAAUGUCAGAAAGCACACCCAGCCACAAUCCAGGCUAUUCAACUUAUCUGUUUUAGAAGGGAAAGAAGAAUUUGAUGAGAAAUUGGAAAAAUGUUUCAAAUGUGUUGUAAACUUGAUAAAUGGGUUAUCUGAUAGAGAAGCAAAUGAUGCUUUAAAUGCUUAUAUUUCUAAAGGAAAUGCUCAACAUGAGGAAGUACAACUGGGUUUGUUGUAUUCCAUAUUGGUGGAUGCUAAAAAUGCCAGCAAGAGUUACAGAGACAUGAAUCUUGUGAGUAGAGAUGGGUUGAAUACUGUUUUAUUAAAGACAAACCAAAUUAUAUUUGAAAAAUGGUUGAAAUUGUAUGAUACUGUUAGGGCACAGAUUUUAUGGUUAUGUAGGGAGUUAAUCAAAAAUAAUGUACAAGGUGCAGAUAGCGUUUGUUUUGUUGUAUUAAGACAAAUAUCAGGCGGAGAUAUAUCUUCAAAGAAUGUAUACCUGUGUGAAAGUGUGGUUGAUAUGUUUUAUGAACACAGGAGUUGGUUAGAGAAACAGCCAGGUUUAAUACCGUCCGUGAUAUAUACAUUUUUACGUGUUAUGUUAGAUCAUUGUUUACCUGGUCUAGCUGCUGUUAGACAGAAGGAGACAGAUCUUUGUAUAUUAUUAUUACGGGAAAAGUUUGUUGAAUGUAUGGUGAUAGGUAGAGACUUGGUUCGUUUAUUACAAAAUGUUGCCAGAAUACCAGAGUUCGAAAAAUUCUGGUAUGAUAUGAUGAAAAACCCCUCAUCAAUCAGUCCACAAUUUACAGGUUUAGUACAGUUGUUUCAGAUCCGAACAUCUAGAAAAUAUUUAGUUAGUCGUCUUACACCGGAUAUGGAAAAUAAGCUAGUCUUCCUUAUUACAAAGGUUAAGUUUGGUCAACAUAAAAGAUAUCAAGACUGGUUUCAGAGACAGUAUUUGUCAACACCAGAAAGCCAAACAUUACGCUGUGAUUUAAUUCGUUAUAUUUGUGCAGUCUUUCAUCCCUCCAAUGAACUUCUUUGUUCCGAUAUCAUUCCACGUUGGGCUGUGAUUGGUUGGCUUCUCACAACGUGUACUUCAAAUGUGGCAGCUUCCAUAGCCAAGUUAUCUCUCUUUUAUGAUUGGUUCUUUUUUGAUCCUGAAAAAGAUAGUAUAAUGAAUAUUGAACCUGCCAUAUUAGUAAUGUAUCAUUCAAUGAGACCACAUCCAGCUAUUACUGCUACAUUACUUGAUUUUCUAGCAAGGUCUUUUGUUAAUUUUUGUCCAAUGUUAGCUACACAAGUUAAACAAGGAGUACAUCUUUCUCUACAGACUAUUGUAAAUAAAAGAGUUUUGCCGUCAUUAUCACCGUUAUUUGAUAAUAGUAAACUAGAUAAAGAAUUACGUCUAUUGAUCAGAGAUACCUUUCCUGAAUUCUGUUCACAGGAAAUAAAAGAAGAUACAGGUAAAGGUGAAGCUAUUGAUAUAGAUAAUGGUAAUGGUGAGAAUCAUUUAGAUAACAAUCUAGCUGGUGUUCCAGAAGCUAAAUUUAGUGAUGAUGAAGAUGACAUUCCUAUUGGAAGAAUAAGAAAUGAUGUCAAGUUUCAGCCUAUAAGAGAUAUGCCAUGUUACCAACAUGUUAAUAUAUCUGAACAUGUAUCACAAUUAUCUGGUGAUAUUAAAGAUCUAACUAUCGAACUACAAAAUGAACCUGAUCAAGAAACACAGUGUGAGUUAGUUGAUAGAUUGAUGCAGUUUGUUAUACAAGAGGAUGAAUUUGAUCAAGAGAUGGCUUCUACACUAGCUACCUGUCUUUGUCAGAUAUUGAGUCCUCAAUUCUUUAAAACUCUUUUUCCUUUAGAUGUUGAUGAUGAGUCUAUAGAAGAUUCUAUAGGUUCUCCAUUGUUUGUUAUGUUUAGGUUUUUAAAUCAGAUGUCUGAAGAGGAUCCGAGAAGGCAACCAUUAUUACAGUUAUUAGGUGAAAUGUAUAGUAGACAACCUAGAAUAGGUUAUCAUUUAUUAUACUUUCUUAAAGUCAGUAAAAAUGGUGACGAGAAGAUGGAAACAUAUAAAGAUUUUUGUAAAGGUCAAGAUAGUAAAGAUUUAACAUCUUGUUUAUUAGGUGAUUUACAGUUAUGUCAAGAAGAUGAUGUUAGAUUAUUUACAUACCUCAUACCUGAUAUCUAUACACAUUUUCCUGGUAUAUCUGUUGGUAAUGCCAGUCUUUUUCAUAUGAUAACUUCUAGUAUAGAUGGAAUACAGCUACAAGAUCUGAUAUGUCAGAUAUUACAAGGUCAUCUUGUUAUGUUUAAGAAUAAAGAAACAUUUCUUUCAGUGUUGAAUGAAAGUUUAGAGUGGGAAACAAUAGAACAAUAUUUUUUAUGGCAGCUUAUUUCUUCUCAUAAUAUACCGGUUGAACAUAUUUUAUCAAUAUUACCUAAAUUAGACUUUCAAACUAAUGCUGAAGCUUUAACAAGUAUGUUAGUUUUAUUAAAACAAGAAAACCCUUCAGCAGAUUUAUUACGGCCUAUAUUGUGUCGUGAAUGUAAGAAAGGUGACCUGUUUGCUACGUCAAUAUUAAAAUAUUGGGCUCAGGAACAUGAAGAUAGAUUAGCAGAAGUCAUUUAUCAACAGCUAUCUAAACUUAAUAAUUCUCCUAAAAAACGACAAAGAACUGGUAAUGCAGCAAAACAAAAGGACAGUCCUAAUUUAGAUCAGAUAUUAGCUCAUUUAGAUCAUUUUAGGCAAGUGUGUCGUAAUAUCUCAUUUUUGAAUCAUGAAAGUAUACAAUUGGCUUUACAACAAGUACAGCAAACGGCUGGUGAAGCUCAAAAAACUAAGUAUAGUGAUUUAUUAGCAUUAGCAGAAGAUAUAGAAGAUUUAAAAAGAACAAGAGUGUUACGAGGAAGGAAGGCAUGUAAUAUUAGUCCAAAGAUAAUUCGCAAUAAAAAACCUGCUCCAGAUGAAACAGAAAGUGAAUCAGAGAGUAGUGAGGAUGAAGAUAUGAAACCAAAGGCUAAAAAACGUAAGAAAACAGCUGCUCCUGCUAUAGAUGAUGAUAGUGAUUAAUAAACAUUGACUCCAGUCUUCACUGAUUAUAAAACUAAAUGUGUGGACAUUUGUCAAACUAAAAUUGUAUACUGAAACUGUGGACAUUUAUCCAACUGAAACUGUGGACAUUUAUCCAAUUAAAAUUGGUGACAUUUAUACAACUAAAAUAGUGCACGUUUAUCCAACUAAAAUUGUGGACAUUUUAUAUGUGUGAUUUUGUUUAGUCUGCAAGACCCAUACUUUCUGCAUCUAAUGUCAAAUGAAGAAAGGUGCUGAGGGCAGUGAAUGACCUAAUUUAGAAAUCAAAUGUUUUAUAUUCAGAUAAUUUAUCACAGUGUGUAAUGUGAGUAAUGUGUGCUUUGACAGUUGAACUGAUUAUGUCCCUUUUUUCUGUGUUUAUAUAGUUUUCUAUGGGAAAUUUAUAAGACUUACGCAAAUUUUUAUUUUUCUCAAAUUUCUAAAAACUGUCCUUUUGUGGGAAUUUUUUAGCAUUUCUCUGGUGUUUGUGCAUGUUAGUCUAUAAUAUAUAUAUGUAUCUAGGUCAAUGAAUAAUUCCUUUCUGACUGUUCGAACUGUUCAAAUUAUUAAAAUUUUUACAAUAUAGUUACAUUUCAUCUUGUCAUCCAUAUCACAUAAACUAAAAAUAUAAUUUUGGUUGAUCAUCAUAGGUUUUGAUGUACAUUUCCAUUUUCAAAAUGGGUGAUUGAUUGAAACGUGAAGGACGAGUAGAAGUGUCUUGUUUUAUUUGUUUAUUUUAUUCUGUUUAAAAUAUAGUAAAUUCUAAUGACGACCAUUAACUAAUUUCAAGACUAAUCACCAUGAUUUUUUGGUAUUCAUUGCUUGAUGACAAAACUAAUAGAAUAUGAUCUUUUUUUAUACGCCCACAUUGAAAUGUGGUUGUAUAUUGUCGUCGCCCCCGUCCGUCCGGCGGUCCGGCGUCCACAAUUGGUUGUGGACGCUCUAGAGGCUAAUGUGAAUAUCUGAUUGAGUUUAAAUUUAUACACAGUGUUUAAGGUCUUGAGACGAAGAAGCCUAUUGAUUUUCAGCGAUUUCCGAUAAUUACUGCCAGAGUUAUGGCCCUUGAUCACUUUGAAAAAUCUUGUGGACGCUCUAGAGGCCAAAGUUAAUAUCCAAUUGACCUUAAAUUUAUACACAGUGUUUGAGGUCAUGAGACGAAGAAGCCUAUUGAUUUUCAACGAUUUCCGAUAAUAACUGCCAGAGUUAUGGCCCUUGAUCACUUCAAAAAAUCUUGUGGAUGCUCUAAAGGCCAAAGUUAAUAUCCGAUUGACUUUAAAUUUAUACACAGUGUUUAAGGUCAUGAGACGAAGAAGCCUAUUGAUUUUCAGCGAUUUCCGAUAAUUACUGCCAGAGUUAUGGCCCUUGAUCACUUCAAAAAAUCUUGUGGACGCUCUAAAGGCCAAAGUUAAUAUCCGAUUGACUUUAGAUUUAUACACAGUGUUUAAGGUCAUGAGACGAAGAAGCCUAUUGAUUUUCAGCGAUUUCCGAUAAUUACUGCCAGAGUUAUGGCCCUUGAUCUAAAGGCCAAAGUUAAUAUCCGAUUGACUUUAAAUUUAUACACAAUGUUUAAGGCCAUGAGACGAAGAAACCUUGAUCACUUUGCAAAAUCUUGUGAUGCUCUAAAUGAUAAAGUUAUCAUCCGAUUGACUUCAGAUUGAUACACAGAGUUUAAGAUCUUGAGACGAACAAGUAUAUUGAUUUUCAAUGAAUUUUUAUGACUUGAACAGUUAAAUCCAUGAUAUUAAAAGCUUUGCAUACAAAACGUUAGCAUGGGGCAGAACUUUAUAAAAACCAAACAAAUUCUAAUAGUUUUCUGAUAAUUACUUCGUGAGUUGUUGCUCUUAAUCAGAUUUUAGUGUAUUAUAAAUGUUUCAUUACCGAAAAAAGUAAAAAUAUGUGACAACCCUUGUUGACUGCCCGGACGAUUUAGUUGCUGUGGGCGUAUGUUUCGUUGCCUGGCAACCUAUAUUUGUCUCCUAUAGGAAAUAGUUAAUUAUAUUACUUCAAUGCAAUAAACUAAUAUCCCAAAAUAAAUAAAGAAAUACAGAAAAUAUAUUGGUUUCAAACAUUUACUUGGAAAUCAAUAACAGUUCAUAUAUUGAUUAUUUAAACUGAACUGAACUUACCAUUUAAUAAUAUAUCAUUAAAAUGGUAAAUUUAGACUUUAUUAUUGUAUCAAUGGUACUUGACAAUCAAGACUAUUGUCAACACUCAUAACACUAGUACUGAGAAUAAAGUAAUUUGUCUGAAAUUUUCAAUAUAUUAUUUUUUUAUUAUCUAUAUUUGAACCAGCUCUUUAUUUAAAUCUUACAUAAUGCAUCUUUAAUACAUCUAAUAACUGACCAGUUCCAAUUAUUGAUUUAUGAAUUUUCAGCUUAUGUACAAACGAUAGAGAAAAUCCCCUCUUAGCCAGUGUUUGAUAGAAACAUAUCUGAAUCUUCUGUUUAGCUUCUUUCCGGUCAAAUUUGAAUUCAAAACCUUGAUCCACACAACAUGAAUAUAAUUAGAAAUAGCUACAACAUGAAACAUCUUGAAUGUAAAUAACAAGAGUCCCGGUUUAGAUACCAAGCUAUCAAAUAAUAUGCAUUUUAGCCACAAGAGAGAUGAAAAGUGAAUAUUUCUUGCAAACCCCUUGUCAGAAAUGUCCAGAAUAUAACUAAAGCUUAGUCCCUCCCCGUACUCCCCCCUUUAACCUUAGCGAUUGUGAAUUAUGAAGGGUUGACCUUUUUAAUUCCAGAAAUUCCUCUAAAAGAUAUUUUCUUCUUUUUGUAUAUACAUGUAUAUUUGUAUAUAAAGGUAGCUUGUACAUUUUGGCUCUACAUAAUAGAAUAUAAUAUGAUGUCCUUUAUCACAUGUAUAUAAAACACAGGGCAAAUAUUUGCCUUUCUUGAUUAAUAAAUUGAGAAAGAGUCACCUUUAUAAAAGCUCUCGGUUUGUUUCUACAUGUAUUUUGAUAGUGUCACUACUUUUACUGAAAUAGAAGUUUCGGAAUUUAUAGAAAAAAAACAGAUUUUGCUCAAACGUAUGAAAAGGUUAUAGUAAUCAUAUUUGUAUCUAGCUUGCUCAAAUUAGAUUAUUAUUAAAAUCAUCUAAAUAAAAUUCUUCUUAUGGUAAUUAGUAUACAUUAAAAUCUUAUUUAACUGAUCUGAAUAAUUUUGGUGUACAAAACAAUGGACAAUUUUGUCUCAAUUUCAGACAAAAGUUUAAAUUUUUUAUAAGAAUGUCAUGAUUAUUUAAGAAUCUCAUUUUGUAAUGUGUUUUUGUUAUAUAAUCUGGUUUACUUAGAUAAGUGCUGAAUAUUGUUAGUACAAUCUUUCUAAUAUGAUCCUUGGCAUCAAAAUUUUGUAUGUAAUUCAACUACACAUUCAAUUCAUGAGCUCUAUUAUUUUUUAAAAAGGGAUUCUUGAAAUAAGUACAAAGUGGUGAAUGUGGUCUUCUCCUGGAAAUUAACUUCAGUGUAUGUUAAACCGUAGUUUAUUUGCCAUGGCUGUGAUUACUAAUCCUACCACAGAUUUUCCAUCUAUUCUUAGCAAAUCAAUGAAUAUGGAUCUGCAUAUGCUGGUGCAAUUUAUGUCUCCUGUGGAUAUCCUUAUAAGCAAGCCUGGGACUAUUAAAAUGGAUUCGUCAUUCUAUCACUUCUGCAGUCUGUUCAUCUGUGUUGAUGUUCUUUAGGUGAGGUGUUGAUGUUCGUAAGGUGAAUGUACAAGUAAUUAGUAAAUGUCACCUAUUUAUUUUGGGAUUUAAACAGGAGACACCUAAACAAUUUGUUCAAUCUGUCGAAACUAAAUGUAAAUAUGUACAUGAUGUAUACACGUAUAUAAUUAUUGUUUAUGUUUAGACCAUAUUAUUGUGAAAAAUGUUAAUAACUUUAUAUAUACAACUCAUGUCAUAUUUCAUAUCUUCAUUGUUUUUAUUUGACAAGAACAAAUUCUUAAAUACAUGUAGUAUUAUUGUAUAUACAUAGUCCUAGAAUAAAUAAAUUCAAAUAUGA